ACUCGUUGGGGUUGCCGGAGGAGGGGGGGGGGUUGGUUGGUAAUUCAGUUUCCAGGGGUUUAGCCCGUUGUCGUCUAAAAUGACGUGGGGUGCGGGCGGUUCUGGAGACGGCGAUUUCGUUCCAGCGACCGACGUGCAGAUGGAUGAGCUGCGCAGGAAGUCGAGAGUGUGGCGUCAUGUGAUGCAGGGUCAGAGGAUGGGGACGUGGCAGAAGAGGCACGGGAACUACAAGCUCCGCUGCAAUUAUUGCAAGCAUGUGUGGCAGGGCACUUUGUUCAAGGCGCAGCGGCACUUCACGCAACUGAAGAGGUGUGCGGCGACAACGAUGGACGUGUUUGUGGACAUUUGGAACCACACAGAGUACGAGUUCGAUGAGCGUCAUCACCGCGGUAUCAUGGCGUACAUGAGGGAGCAUAAUAUCGCGGAUAGACGAGCCGUGGACGUCCAUCAGGGCAGUGGCAGGGGCCGCACGGGUGGGACACAGUCACGACCACGGGAGCGUGAUGCUGUGGAGGAGGUGGAGGAGUUCCUUGCCGAGGAGGCGAGGCGAGCAGAGGCCCGGGGCGGUGAGGAGGGUGGAGGGGCAGGCCCGGCACGCGAUUUGCCGGGAGAGAAUGUGGUUAUGACUGCGCGAGGAAAGAUGCAGGUGGAGAGUGGAGUUGAGGGCGUGCCACAGGGGGCGCAAGAGACAGCGGCAGUCAAGACUGGACAAGGUUCAUGGCUUCGGCACAAAAAGCAGUUGGCCUCCAUGGCUCGCGGAGUGCGGCCAGUUUAUCCGUCCUUCAAGGACAUUGGGGGCGCUGGUAUUGAUGAGCAGCGAGGGAAGGUUGCCGCGAUGUUGAGGGAGGUCCGUAGUUCGUUUGAGUCGAUAGGGGCCACCAUUUUGUCGGACGGUAGGCAGUCGCGAGACGCUAGGCCUAUAGUCAACUUCCUCGCAGCCGCCAAGCGCGGUGCCCUCUUAUACGCCACCGUCCAGCGAGACGGUUCAGUGUCCGAGACGGCACAUAUCGUCCUGAAGAGGUGGAAGGCCAUUUUUCGGUCUUUCCCUCCGAAGGACGUGUUGGCCAUUUGCACGGACUCUGCGUCAAACUACACGUCGGCCGCAAAGCUCCUUGCGAAGGACUCUGAUCCGGACAUUCGCCGUAUCACUUGGCUCCUGUGUGCCACCCACGUGGCCAACUUGAUGUUGUCUGACAUCGGGACACGGGUUCCUUGGGUUACAGACACCAUUUUCAGGGCUCGUGCGUUGGUGCGAUUCAUUAAAUCGCACGGCGCGGCUUAUCACCUGUUCAGGCUCAUCCGCUGCGCCGAUUUCUGGCGCAACGUUCACCACGCUGUUGCAGUCAUGACCCUUGUCCACCAGCUGUUGAGGAGAUUGGACAGGGGCGGCAUGAUCAUGUCCACGAUGUACUCAUGGUCACAGGAGUUGGUACGGCAGGUGGCUGCUGCUGACGUCCCUGAUGACAUGCGGGGGCCUUGCGUGGAGGCGGUGCAGAUCCGCACUAUGCAUAUGCUUGAGCCUGCGCACGCUGCGGCGGACCUGCUCAACCCCCGCAGACGCUCUCUCCGUUACUACGAGUCCGCCCGCAGGACAGCUGCGGACCUCGAGGUCGUCACCCAGUGCGACUCGUUUUUGUUGGCGCAGACAGGCGGUGAUCGUGCGGGGGAUGCAUACUUGCGGGUGCGUGAGCAGAUGCGAUCCUUCCACUCCAGGGGCGGCCACCACACAGAGAGGGUGACGAGGGACGCCGAGGCGGAGGCCUGUGUAGGGGACGAGGAGACAAGCAGGUGCGCGUCAUGGUGGGUGGAGCACGGCGCAUGCUUCCCGGACUUGCAGGAGAUUGCUGGCCGUGUGAUGCACAUGUGGACGUCCGCCUCUCCUGCUGAGAGGAAUUGGGCAGAGCAUGAGCGCAUCCACACGGCCAAGCGCAACAAGCUCGAGUUCAGGAAGGUUGCGCAGUUAGUUGAGAUUGCUACAAAUCUCAAACUACUUGGAUGCAGCGAGCGGAGUGGGGGUACGUUCUUCGCGACCCUGGCCGAGGCGCAGCCAGAGGAGUAUACACACCCGGUAGUCGCAGAUGAGGAUGAGGAGGAGGAGCCUGAGCCAGAGGAGUGGGGAGCUAGACCUCAGACAACAGUGCCGGCACACGAGAUCGUUGCACAGGUUCGUCGCUUCCAGCAGCAGGGUGCUCGUCGGCCAGUGGGGGUUGCCGAGGUUUUCGGUGCCAGAGCCGAGAUACUCCAUCCUUAUGACUACGUGCCUCCACCGCCAGCAGAGCCAGUGCAGGCGUCGGAGGAGCAGACGGACACGGAGGUCGGAGAGGAUUUGCCACCUGGUGUAGAUAAGAGUGCAGAGAGACUCUACUACACAUACGGAGGAGGAGCCGAUGGAUUCCUGUCACGCUGCACAUUCAUUCGGGAGAGCGACGACGAUCCCAUCCCCGUCACUGAUAUAGGGUUGGAUGGUGGACAGCGAGACGAGGACGACGCGGACGACGACGACGACGACGACGAGCCGUUACUGCUUCGCAGAGCACGGUUGGCGCAGCAGGGAGCCGCGCGGCCCGCGCCUGCCGCCGAGGGUCUCAGGAGAUCGGCGAGGCUCCAGCAGACCCAGGCGGGAUCGACUUCAAGUGGUAGACGCGAGGCGUCGGACCACCUAGACGACAUCAGAGAUGAGGAGCAUUUGCCGAGCCAGCAUACGCCCGCCUCCGCACCUCGAGGCGACAGUCAACAGAGGGAGCUGCGCACGAGUGACUUUCAGGGCCUUGGACCAGGAUUUGCGGGCAGCGGUGUUCGAGGGCGGAUUGAUGGGCGAGAGAGAGUGGGGGAUGAGGCCAAGUACCAUUCUGUGCAGGGUGGUGGUCCAGAGUCCGUGGAGGAGCUCCAUGCUCCGAUGGAUCGAGAGGAGGAGCAGCGGCUCUAGCAGUUGCAGAGAGAGUGGGUGGGCAGAGAUAAGUACAUGGCGGAGCAGCAGCGUGCUAGAAACUUGGAGACG